CGUUCGUCCGGUCCGUCACGAGUAAGAUCCGUCCAAGGUUGCAACGUGACAGGUAUGUAUUUGCUACUCGGUUAUUUUCUCUUAACUACAUGUUAUCAUGUAUUAGAACAAAUUCAUGCAUAAUUUAUGUCCUCGUAAAUCCUCAAGCGAGGUAUGUCACCUAGCUUGUUAGUUAUAACAAAUAGGAAAAGGUUAGCCCAGAAAUGUAAGAUCGCACUAAAACAAUGGAUCAAAUGCCCUUUAUGAUUGUUAGCCUGUACAUCCACUAGUGGGCGCUAUGUUCAUCUCUCGUGGACAUGAACCGGCGAGAAUCUGUCAAGGCUCACGUUUAAUUAUGCUAUGGGUCAUGGCUAGAAGGGGAUCCAUUUUUUUUGUCAACCAUGCUAUGGGUCAUGGCUAGAAGGGGAUCCAUUUUUUUUGUCAACCUAACCCUGGCUACCAGUUCGUACAUAAGACAUUUUUACUCAAUGAGAGAAGAGUAAAAAUUAUUCCUUAUUUGUUAGUUUUCUCAAUCUUAAGGCAAACCUAGAUUCGAGCCAGUGUCUUAAGUAGUUGAACAUAUUAUUACUCCAACCUCGUGAAAGUGACACGUUUUCAUUUUCGUCAAAAGCAACUUGAUAUCGAAGGAGUGCAAUUCGCCCCGUUGACGUUUCUACGCCUGAGCUUAGCUAGCCAAUGUUGCCAUGACAUCGCCUACAAGUGUGAUCAGGUAUUUCUAUUGGAGAAGCAGUUUCUGCCUAUCUUCAUACUGUACUGUCUUUGGUUAACCUAACGUAGCAGGCGUAAAAGAAAACGCCUGAGCGAAGUUACCACAUCUGUUUUUUUGCAGAAAAGGAAGCAAUUGGUGCAAUUCGCUGUAUCCUUGAAAACCGUAUACAUCCGGUUAUUGGCAACUCCACUAAGACUAGCCAGGGGUAAACAACAGACUGCUGCAACCUGACUGGCUGAACGUGAUACACAACAUCCGGGACUAGCGUUUCUAGGCAUUAGCCACUUUAGCAUGGUGGUGGAAAAUGGUGUUUCAUAAAGAAAGUACGCAUAUUUCCCCCCCACAAAAAUUGAGCCUUCUCGCCAUUAAAUCGAGUUAAGGAGGAAAUUGAAGCCUUUGCAGCCUGAAUGGAGAAUGUUUUAUGUACGAACCGGUCGCCAGGGGACAAGCCUGUAUUAUAGGCAGGGCACCUCGACUCCAGACGAUAGUGGAGAACCAUAGCGCCAACUAGCGGACCAGGCUAUGAUUGUAUGCAUCUGUAGCUACUAGCUGGUGCUCAUUACAUGACAUUCCUUGAGAGCAACAACAUUUUAAAAUUUUUUAUUUGAAGCAUUUGGCUUCAUUUAUUUACACAACAUAAACAUUAACGUCAUUUUUGAGAAAUAGCUUAAAAAAAACUGGGUGUAGAUACAAUAAAGGGAGAGAACUGGGACAGACCCAUAGCUUUGACCUUAUUAAAUCAGUUUCUCUUGGGUCUUGAAGUGAAGGCUUCAAUUAUGGUUGUCAUGUAGAUCACCUAUGAUGGUAAAGGAUGGUUUUAGGAUAGAAACACGAGGCAUAUUUGGAUACAAUGUAAACUUCCUCAUAAUAUAAUGCAACUUCGAUUAGCAAGAAGCAGCAACAAACAAACAUUUAAUUACAUUUUAAUUGUAUUUAAGGCCAUAGGGAUUUUUUUCUCUUAAUCAUAUCACAAUCACCCUUUACCAGUUAAUGUAGACACAAAUAUAUGGAAAUAUUGUAUAACAUAUGCAAAUGAUGUGAUCUCAUUAAAUAUGUAUAUUUGCAUAUACUGCAAAUCCAUUUUUCUGGACACUGGAUAAAGUCAGCCUAAAUAUAUUUUGGUUUCAUUUUAUUAAGACUCCAGGAGUGGACUUACUCAGACCAGAUUAUGGAUAGAAAGAUGGAAAAAGUAUGUAUCUGUAAAAUACUAAAGACAUUUUUGGCACAUGUUUCCAAGAAAAUGUUAUCUAGAAUACAAAUUUGACAAUAUAUCAACAAUUCCCUCUGAGUAAGUCUGGAGAAUAUGUCUAAGGAUAACCACACAAACUUACAUAGAUGCUUCUGAAGCUGAGAAAAAUGAGUUGGCGUGUGGGAAGUCUGACUUUCGGGAAAUGGCAGUUAGACUGGUACACUGAAUUUAUCCUACCAAUCGCCAAACUCCUAUUUUGACCCAAUCACAAUCUUUUCAAAGUAAGUUACUACAUACAGUCCAGUUUGUAACAUUCUCUAUGAAAUGGCCUUAACAUUGUGUGAUUCAAUGUAGUAAGCAUUGUAAUUAUGGUGUUGUAAGAGUGGUUAACUCAUGAAAUGUUUAAUGGUAAUAUGAUAAAGCCCCCAAAAAUAACAUAAUGAUUUUUGACAUUUUUGUUAACUUUUUUAAAGUACUCAUAUUAAAGGACCAAAAUACCCCAAAAGUAGAUGCAGAAAUUUGAGUGAAUUGUAAAAUUCCACCAUUCGCACAAUAAUCCUCAAAUGUCAUAAGAAAUUAGGUGGAGUUUGUCUUGUAAUAACGCUAUACUAUGCUAUUAUAUUUGGUUCUUGUAUAUAGAAUACUACCAUUGUGAUCUUGCAGACAUUGAUUCAGCUUUGAUCUAACUUUAUUAAACGAGCACCAUUGGCCAGAAUGGGCAGCCGAACGAGUAGAGCAGAGACUGUGUGUAAAGUAGAGGAUCCCCCACAUGCACAAAAGUUUAGGUUUUUAAGCUAUCGGGAAGAGGCUUCCAAAAAAUUCCAGAGGCUUCCGGAAACACAGCCACUCUGAAUUUUCAAAGCAAAAUUAAAAGCUUAGUUUGAACACAGGUUUUUUUCUAAACUUGUGUCAAAGAGCCUACAGUGGGGGAAAAAAGUAUUUAGUCAGCCACCAACUGUGCAAGUUCUCCCACUUAAAAAGAUGAGAGGCCUGUAAUUUUCAUCAUAGGUACACGUCAACUAUGACAGACAAAUUGAGGAAAAAAAAUCCAGAAAAUCACAUUGUAGGAUUUUUUAUGAAUUUAUUUGCAAAUUAUGGUGGAAAAUAAGUAUUUGGUCACCUACAAACAAGCAAGAUUUCUGGCUCUCACAGACCUGUAACUUCUUCUUUAAGAGGCUCCUCUGUCCUCCACUUGUUACCUGGAUUAAUGGCACCUGUUUGAACUUGUUAUCAGUAUAAAAGACACCUGUUCACAACCUCAAACAGUCACACUCCAAACUCCACUAUGGCGAAGACCAAAGAGCUGUCAAAGAACACCAGAAACAAAAUUGUAGACCUGCACCAGGCUGGGAAGACUGAAUCUGCAAUAGGUAAGCAGCUUGGUUUGAAGAAAUCAACUGUGGGAGCAAUUAUUAGGAAAUGGAAGACAUACAAGACCACUGAUAAUCUCCCUCGAUCUGGGGCUCCACGCAAGAUCUCACCCCGUGGGGUCAAAAUGAUCACAAGAACGGUGAGCAAAAAUCCCAGAUCCACACGGGGGGACCUAGUGAAUGACCUGCAGAGAGCUGGGACCAAAGUAACAAAGCCUACCAUCAGUAACACACUACGCCGCCAGGGACUCAAAUCCUGCAGUGCCAGACGUGUCCCCCUGCUUAAGCCAGUACAGGUCCAGGCCCGUCUGAAGUUUGCUAGAGUGCAUUUGGAUGAUCCAGAAGAGGAUUGGGAGAAUGUCAUAUGAAACCAAAAUAUAACUUUUUGGUAAAAACUCAACUCGUCGUGUUUGGAGGACAAAGAAUGCUGAGUUGCAUCCAAAGAACACCAUACCUACUGUGAAGCAUGGGGGUGGAAACAUCAUGCUUUGGGGCUGUUUUUCUGCAAAGGGACCAGGACGACUGAUCCGUGUAAAGGAAAGAAUGAAUGGGGCCAUGUAUCGUGAGAUUUUGAGUGAAAACCUCCUUCCGUCAGCAAGGGCAUUGAAGAUGAAACGUGGCUGGGUCUUUCAGCAUGACAAUGAUCCCAAACACACCGCCCGGGCAACGAAGGAGUGGCUUCGUACGAAGCAUUUCAAGGUCCUGGAGUGGCCUAGCCAGUCUCCAGAUCUCAACCCCAUAGAAAAUCUUUGGAGGGAGUUGAAAAUCUGUGUUGCCCAGCGACAGCCCCAAAACAUCACUGCUCUAGAGGAGAUCUGCAUGGAGGAAUGGGCCAAAAUACCAGCAACAGUGUGUGACAACCUUGUGAAGACUUACAGAAAACGUUUGACCUGUGUCAAUGCCAACAAAGGGUAUAUAACAAAGUAUUGAGAAACUUUUGUUAUUGACCAAAUACUUAUUUUCCACCAUAAUUUGCAAAUAAAUUCAUAAAAAAUCCUACAAUGUGAUUUUCUGGAUUUUUUAAAAUCAUUUUGUCUGUCCUAGUUGACUUGUACCUAUGAUGAAAAUUACAGGCCUCUCUCAUCUUUUUAAGUGGGAGAACUUGCACAAUUGGUGGCUGACUAAAUACUUUUUUCCCCCACUGUAUAUAGAUGAAGAGCUCCAGAAACUGCUUCUCCAAUAGAAAUCCCCGAUCACACUUGUAGGCGAUGUCAUGGCAACUGUAGCUAGCUAAGCUCAUGCUCAGAAACACGUCAUCCGGUUUAACUGGUCGUGUCACGCCGAACAGCACAUGUGCAGGCUGUCAAAUCAAAGGCACUCCUUCGAUAUAAAGUUGUUUUUGUCGGAAAUGAAAAAAUGUCAGUUUGUUACUUUCACAAGGUUGUAGUAAUGAGAUGUUCAGCUACUUAAAACAUUGGCUCGAAAAAAAAUAAUGUUAUGGACACCUCUAUAAAAUGCAGAAUUGGUUAGAAAAAAACAGUGAACUUGUUUUCGGCACAAUUUGAGUGAAAGCCCAAAAGGCCUCAGAAGGCCUUGUUUGCCCUUCAACUAGGGCUAAUGAAUGUAGGUGGCGCAUUUGAGGUUAGACUCACCUCUUUCCAGGUGGUCCACCCAAAAUCUGUCCACAAAAAUAAGACCACGAAGUGAGUUUUUUUUUUUUAUGGAGGUCAAUUGGAGAGUGUCGAAUUUGGUCAACCGAAAAUGUAUUUGCUACGUGAAGCUUAUUUAAACUAAUAGACGUUUCGUAAUGGUUAGGUUGUUACGAAUGCACUGAUAUAAGUGGAUGCAUGUGGCAUUUCGGAAACAUCGGAGUUGUGCCUGUUGUUCACACGCGUAUCUGACUUCUUCAUUGGCUAGUAUGGUCCCACCUGAACUCGCCUCUUCCAUCUUUGAGGACAUGUAUUUCCAUUGUUAAAGCGGUCACUCGACCAUCUUGUCAAUAAUAGAUGAUCUUUGAUAGUACUGAGGAAGUUUCAUGGCACCAAAGAUACUUUAACCAGAGAUAUGGAUACAGUGCAUUCGGAAAGUAUUCAGACCCUUCCCCUUUUCCACAUUUUGUUACAGCCUUGUUCUAAAAUGGAUGAAAUACAUUUUUUUCCUCCUCAAUCUACACACAAUACCCCAUAAUGACAAAGCGAAAACAGGUUUAUUACAAAUAAAAAACAUACCUAAGUAUUCAGACCCUUUGCUAUGAGACUCGAAAUUGAGCUCAGGUGCAUCCUGUUUCCAUUGAUCAUCCUUGAUGUUUCUAGAACUUGAUUGGAGUCCACCUGUGGUAAAAUCAAUUGAUUGGACAUGAUUUGGAAAGGCACACACCUGUCUAUAUAAGGUCCCACAGUUGACCGUGCAUGUCAGAGCAAAAACCAAGCCAUGAGGUCGAAGGAAUUGUCCGUAGAACUCUGAGACAGGAUUGUGUCGAGGCACAGAUCUGGGGAAGGGUACCAAAACAUUUCUGCAGCAUUGAAUGUCCCCAAGAACACAGUGGCCUCCAUCAUUCUUAAAUGGAAGAAGUUUGGAACCACCAAGACUCUUCCUAGAGCUGGCCGCCCGGCCAAACUGCGCAAUCGGGGGAGAAGGGCCUUGGUCAGGGAGGUGACCAAGAACCUGAUGGUCACUCUGACAGAGCUCCAGAGUUCCUCUGUGGAGAUAGAGAGCCUUCCAGAAGGCCAACCAUCUCUGCAGCACUCCACCAAUCAGGCCUUUAUGGUAGAGUGGCCAGACGGGAACCACUCCUCAGUAAAAGGCACAUGACAGCACACUUGGAGUUUGCCAAAAGGCACCUAAAGGACUCUGACCAUGUGAAACAAUAUUCUCUGGUCUGAUGAAACCAAGAUUGAACUCUUUGGCCUGAAUGCCAAGCGUUACGUCUGGAGGAAACCAGGCACCGCUCAUCACCUGGCCAAUACCAUCCCUACGGUGAAGCAUGGUGGUGGCAGCAUUAUGCUGUGGGGAUGUUUUUCAGCGGCAGGGACUGGGAGACUAGUCAGGCAGAAGGAAAGAUGAACGGAGCAACGUACAGAGAGAUCCUUGAUGAAAACCUGCUCAGGACCUCAGACUGGGGCGAAGGUUCACCUUCCAACAGGACAACAACCCUAAGCACACAGCCAAGACAACGCAGGAGUGGCUUCCGGACAAGUCUCUGAAUGUCCUUGAGUGGCCCAGCCAGAGCCCGGACUUGAACCCGAUCUAACAUCUCUGGAGAGACCUGAAAAUAGCUGUGCAGCAACGCUCCCCAUCCAACCUGACAGAGCUUGAGAGGAUCUGCAGAGAAGAAUGGGAGAAACUCCCCAAAUACAGGUGUGCCAAGCUUGUAGCGUCAUACCCAAGAAGACUCAAGGCUGUAAUCGCUGCCAAAGGUGCUUCAACAAAGUACUGAGUAAAAGGUCUGAAUACUUAUGUAAAUGUCAUUUUUCAAUUUAAUAUUUCUAAACCUGUUUUUGCUUUGUCAAUAUGGGGUAUUGUGUGUAUGUUGAUGAGGGGGGAAAAAAACAUUUAAUCCAUUUUAGAAUAAGGCUGUAACGUAACAACAUUUGGAAAAAGUGAAGGUGUCUGAAUACUUUCCGAAUGCACUGUAUGUUGGAAGCUUAUGAAUGUCAUUUGUAAUAAACUUGCCUAUAUUGUAGUAAAAACAGAGUCAUACAAAGAUGAAACACUGUUCAAUUAUAUUUUUUCCAGAACAAAAAUGUGUCUUUAGUUAUCAUCUUUCAAUAUUCCAGGUUUACUGAUAGCCCUAAUAAAGACUCAUUAGAUGAUGUGCUGCAACAAGACUAGAGACUACUAGGCUAUACUAACUGCAUAUUAUAAACUGGGUAGUUUGGCUCCUGGAUGCUGAUUGGCUGAAAGCCGUGGCAUACCAGACCGUAUACCACGGGUAUGACAAACCAAUGUUUUUACUGUUCUAAUUACGUUGUUAACCAGUUUAUAAUAGCAUUAAGGUACCUCGGGGGUUUGUGGUAUAUUGCCAAUAUACCACGGCUAAGGGCUGUGUCCUGGCACUACGCGCUGCUUCGUGCUGAUGAACAGUCCUGAGUAUAUCGUCCAUAUACCACACCCCCUCAGGCCUUAUUGCUUAAAUAUAACACGUUGUUUUAUGGACAAAAUAUGUGUUUUGUAUUUCAAGUAUGGAAGAGGGCAGUCCGGAAGAGUUUCUUGCAGAGUUCAAGGAGAAACAUUUAGGUGGUUGGGGCAUUGUCCAGAUAACUGCUGGCACAGGGCUAGCUGUCUAUGCAAUGUGGGCAGUGGUUCUCAUGCCGGGAUUUCGAAAAGUCCCUCUGAGGUUACAGGUAAGACCUGGGUUGUGUUCACUGGGGUGCAAUUCAAUUACAGAAUCAUCAGAUAUAAAUAUACUGAACAAAAAUAUAAACGCAACAUGCAACAAUUUCAAAGAUUUUACUGAGUUACUGUUCAUAUAAGGAAAUCAGUCACAUGAAAUAAAUUAAUUAGGCCCUAAUCUAUGGAUUACACGACUGGGAAUACAGAUAUGCAUCUGUUGGUCACAGAUACCUUAAAAAGAAAGGCAGGGGCGUGGAUCAGAAAACCAGUCCGUAUCUGGUAUGAACACCAUUUGCCUCAUCUCCUUUGCAUAGAGUUGAUCAGGCGGUUGAUUGUGGCCUGUGGAAUGUUGUCCCACUCAUCUUCAAUGGCUUUGCCAAGUUGCUGGAUAUUGGCGGGAACUGGAACACGCUGUCGAUCCAGAGCAUCCCAAACAUGCUCAAUGGGUGACAUGUCUGAGUAUGCAGGCCAUGGAAGAACUGGGACAUUUUCAGCUUCCAGGAAUUUUGUACAGAUCCUUGCAACAUGGGGCCAUGCAUUAUCAUGUAUACAUGUGGUAAUGGCGGCAGAUGAAUGGCACGACAAUGGGCCUCAGGAUCUCGUCACGGUAUCUCUGUGUAUUCAAGUAGCCAUUUGAUAAAAUGCAAUUGUGUUCGUUGUCUGUAGCGUAUGCCUGCCUGUACCAUGUGGCAUUCUGUUCACAACGUUGACAUAAGCAAACUGUUCAUCCACACACCGCCAUACACGUGGUCUGCGGUUGAGGCUAGUUGGACAUACUGCCAAAUUCUCUAAAACGAUGCAAUAGGCGGCUUAUGGUAGAGAAAUGAACAUUAAAUUAUCUGGCAACAGCUCUGGUGGACAUUCCUGCAAUCAGCAUGCCAAUUGUACGCUCCCUCAACUUGAGACAUCUGUGGCAUUGUGUUGUGUUAAAACUGCACAUUUUAGAGUGGCCUUUUAUUGUCCCCAGCACAAGGUGCACCUGUGUAAUGUUCAUGCUGUUUAAUCAGCUUCUUGAUAUGCCACACCUGUCAAGUGGAUGGAUUGUCUUGUCAAAGGAGAGAUGCUCACUAACAGGGAUGUACAAACACAUUUCUGCACAAUUUGAGAGAAAAGCUUUUUGUGCGUAUGGGAAAUAUUUUAUUUCAGCUCAUGAAACAUGAGACCAACACUUUACAUGUUGCGUUUAUAUAUUUGUUCAGUGUAUAUUAUGUAGAACAGACCUGCCUUUCUGUCAUGAGGAUUGGGGAAUUCUGUCGGCUCUAUAGUUUACACUUCACUUAAAAGUAUCCAGGUAUAAUGCUUUAUAACUUGUUAUAGGUAUGAGCCUUUAUAAUAUCUUAUAAUAAGGCUUAUAAUAUCUGUCUUUAUAUCCCAUUUUAAAAGGGGCAAGCUCUGUUUAAACAAUAACAGAGGGCUACCCGCCACUGUUUUGGUAAACAGCUGCGGGAUGGAGUUGGAGAAUAGUAACCAUUCUCAAAUUCAUAGGCAGAGCUAUGGAUGCAAGGACUGACCAUCUAUGAUACCAAAAUUAUAGGUUUAACCAUGAGGCUAUACAGUGUUUGUUUACAAUGACAUUGUUUACAAACAAUGGAGUAAAAUAAGCUUAUAAUUUGGAUUCUGCUGGGGUACGCACAACAGUUGAACUUAGGUCAUGAGGCUUUUAUAAGUUAUAUUCUUCGAGAAUCUAUGGGUUUAUCAAUAAAUGUUAAAGUCCCAAAAUGGAUGUACCAAUCGCUGAUUGCCCCUUUAAUUGACUGAAAAUCCCAUUUAUUAAAUCAGAAUCAUUAUGAGUUGAUUAUAAGACCGGGAUGGGCAACUCCAAUCCUCGGGGGGCCGGAGUGGUGUCAAACUUCCCCAUCCCUAGCAAACACGGCUGAUUUUAAACUGAUUUUAUUCUAAACUGAAGAUCAUGAUUAGUUGAUUAUUGGAAUCAGUUGUGUUAGCUGGGGCAAAAAUGUGAGACCAAUCAGGCUCCCAAGGACUGGAGUUGCCACCCCCUUUAAGUCUUCGCAGCCGAAACAGUUCUGAAGAGUUUGUGCAUAUUUUGUUAUGAGAUUUUGUGGCGUUCAGUGAGUUUUUUUGGGUACACAGCCUUUUUUCUAGAGGCAAGCCGAAGUUCGGAGCCGAAGUCGCCCCUUCGUCUGUGAUUGGUCAACAGUAGGGAUUCUUAAAUUGUCUUUGUUGUCAUUCAACGAGAGUUAUCUUAGAUUCAUUCUGAAUAUUUUGAGGAAGCGUAUACUGGUUACGGCGUCUCAAAAUGUACAAACGGUACAUUUUACAUUUGAGUAAUUUAGCAGACACUCUUAUCCAGAGCGAUUUACAGUUGUGAGGGCAUACAUUUUCGUACUGGUCCCACAUGGGAAUCAAACCCACAACCCUGGUGUUUCCAUGCUCUACCAACUGAGCCACACAGUACCAUUGCCACUUUUUUCUUGUUUUUGAAGCGGAGGUCUUUUAAGGGAGUGUGCGAGCACACUCGUUCGGUUUGACUAGCUGAGGUCAACUAGGCGCCAGCCGAACUGAAGCAUGCUGACGCCUUUAUAAGACAUAAGGGGCUUAUACAUGAUAACUCUCACAAUGCAUUGUAACCGCAUCGUAGUACAUUGCAUCUGUAGGUUUUUAAGUAAAGUGUUAACGACAUUUCUAUCUGCUAGUUCUGAUAACCGAUGUGAGUUGUGAUAUUUUCUGCAGGUGCCCUACCUCCCCGCCAGCAAGAAACAAGUGCGGAAUGUGAUGGCACUGCUGAGUGGUCGACAGGGUAACCUUGUGGACAUGGGCUCCGGUGAUGGCAGGAUUGUAAGUAGGGCUGGGCGACGUGGCUUAAAAACUUAUGGGCGAUUCACAAUAUAUCUACUUUUUAAAAAUGUUUUCUCUAAAUAAGCUUUGUUGUACAAUUUUAAAGGGUAAAAUACACUUCAUUUCAAACAGUCAGCUAUAAUCUAAUGAAUUCAGGGUUUGUGAAAUUAUACCUAGGCUAAAUAUAAGCCUUCCACAACCAUAAGACCCACUAAUAAUUUAAUUAAAAUAGUUUAACCUGCUUUUUUAGAAUGAUCACUGAUCUGGCUUUCAAGUCUGUCUAUGAAAAUUCCCUUUUUGUUACAAAUUUAACCAGAACCAUGCAUAAUGCACAUUCACUGAUACUGACUAACUGAUUGUAGCAGGUAUUAUAGAAAAUUAACACAGGUCUCAUAAACAAUCUCUCAAGAACAAGCCCACAUGCUAGUGAGUAGCCAGCUACUCUUUAUAUUUCAAGUUUAGCCAACUUGGAUCUAUUUGCCAGCUAACAAGGUAGAACAGUGGAGUUGUUAUGAACACGCCCUUCUGUCUGUCUCUAACAGUUUGAACAGCAUGCUAGCCUGUCCACUUUGUUCAGAUGUGGAAUGAAGUGGCCUACCUUAUUUCUCAGAAUGAGAAUGUGUUGCCAAUUCCUUAUAUAAUUGUGUUUUAUGCUUAUUGCACAUUUAUCAAACACAGUCUAGACCGCUAGUAUAACGGUCUUUGGCAAAAAAGGCUACUAGCGGUACGUUAUGCCUACAAACUGAGAAUACAUUUUCCAGAAUCAAUGUUCAUUGAUACUCUCGUUUUAGUAGUGUUUGCUCUGAGGAGUUGAGACAUAAAAUGGGUAUUGUUAGAAAGGUUAACUUCUCCUUUAUUACAGUAAAAUGUCUCAAUGUGUUUCGGUGUCCAUAUGACCGAUUCUGUUGGACCAAAAAUGCAAAUAGCGAGUUGAAACAAUAGUGUGUGAUUGUGGCCCGUAUUUCGGCGCGUUCCAUGCCCCCCCCCCCCCCCUAAAGGGAAAUAAAAGUAUUAUCCACAUUUUUCGGGGGUGAAGGACAGCUACCGGUGUUGCUCCCGCCUGCUGUGUACCGGAGCCCUCCUAGCUAGCUAGUUAGCACCCAGUGUCCUUCACUAACGCCUGCUGAACACCUACCAUCGUUAACAGAACUGCGGGAAAACAGUGCCUGACAGGGCUUGGUGUGUGUGUGUGUGAGAUCAAGUGGACAUAAACGCUCAUAAAAACAACAUGAUUAUUGAGAUACGGGCAUUUGAAAUAUCGUGCUAAAACAUACAUUUGAGUUUAUCAAAUUAAUUUGAUAUAUCGCCCAGCUCUAACUGUAAGUGUGGGCGUGCUCCUGCAGAUAUGGAAUGUGUAUCCACAAGGUGUGUGUGCAUGUGUGAAAGGGAGAGAAACAGAAACUUUACCUUUGUUGAGAACCAAGUUCAUGUUUUUUAUCUUUUCAGGUGCUGGAAGCGCACAAACACGGCUUUGGUCCCACAGUAGGAUACGAACUCAACCCCUGGUUAGUUGGUCUAGCCAACUUCCACGCAUGGAGAGCAGGCCAUUAUGGGAAGGUGUCGUAUCGGCGGGAAGACCUCUGGAAGGUGUGACACAGGCAGAUGUUACUUGUCUUUUGCCCAACCCCAAACCAACUACUAGCUUCACUUCAGAUCUAAGGGGAUUGGAUAAGUAAAGAAUAUGGCCAAUAGCUUAAUCUUGUGCUCUGAUAGGCUUUUUGGAAUUUUCAGCAUAUUGCUUACACCUAUCAAAUUCUUUAAAAAAACGACAUACGUGUCCAGGGGGCAGGGGCUAGGGGUUGAUUUAAGUUUUGAGUUGAGUUCACAUGUUUGGUUGUUGGUAAUACUCAUCCACAUAUUCUAUACAUUUUGCACUAUUACUAGUUCCUCAAAGAGUUACUACUAGUUGUUUUACCAAGCCUUAUUGUUAGGGGCCAGAAUUUUUCCAGAUUAGGUCAGGAAAAACACAGGACCCUACUUACUGUAGUUUCUCUGUUACUUUUAUUUGUGUUUGGUCACUGUUUGUGUCGCUUUGUUCAGUUACAUUCAAAGAGGACAUGUUUACACUGUAAAACUAAAAUUAUGAUGAAAAUAAAUAAAAUGUGUUUAAUAGGUACUUGGAUUUUUGGAUUAUGAUAUUUGCAUUUCUCAUUCCAGGUGGACCUUACUGAGUGUAAGAAUGUUACUGUGUUUUUGGCCCCCAGCGUGGUAAGUCUUUUUGCAUUGGCACACAUUAUUAAUUCAUGUGUGCACACGAUACGGAUACCCAGCCAUAGCGGUCAAACCAUUUGCUCAGUAAGUUGGGGAAUGGUGCCACGGGUGCCUAGGUUGAGGGUUCAAUUCGCAUAUCAUCUGGCUUCUCACUGCCGGAACAAAAACACCUGUUAGCUAUCUAUAAAUGAAUAGACAGCUGCUAGCCAACUGAUUAGAAAAAUGGACAGCUGGAUGAAUAAGUGUGUGUAUGUGUUUGCCUAGCUGUCUUUACUGCAGGAGAAGAUGGAGGCUGAGCUUCCAGAUGACGCCCUGGUAGUAGCCGGUAGGUUUCCCUUCACUGAGUGGACUCCAUGCAGGAUUGAAGGAGAUGGUGUGGACAGAGCCUGGGCCUAUAACAUGCAGGCCCAAAGACUGCCAGCAGGGAGUGCUGUGCUACCUGUGCCUGGAGAGUUGAAAUCACCAGUUUGAACUGAAAGUGAGAGAACCAAGUAACUGUCUAGACCGGAAAGGCAUGAGCGUUUGUCUGAUGGAGGAAACCAUGGUAGUCUGAGGAGGAGGGACAAACCAUUUGUAUCUACAUGGGUUGACACAAGUAGCUGACUGAGACCCACUCAUUACAGUGUUGAGUUGGUAGUUCGGGGCCUUUUCUCAAGUAGAUUUUCUUGAUUCCUUGCGUCCUCUCCUCCAUCCUUUCCUCGCCAUUUGAAAACAACAGCUGUUUCAAAGGGGGUGAGGUGGAUUUCAACACACAAUACCCCAUAAUGA